UCAGCGGUAUAAAGCAAGCUGAUGAAGUUUCUCUCUUAUCAUGUCUUCUCCUUUAACCCCUGAUGUACAGAUCUUUCCUGCCGCUGCUGGAGAUUAUGAAGGGGUCAUGGCAAUCUCAGAGGGGCUCCACAAGGGAGUGGAUUACUUGCCAUACAAAUACCACACAUGGCUGAAGGACCCUCAGAGGAGGAUGUUUGUUGCCAAAUCAGAGGGCAGAGUGGUGGGUUUCGACUCCUUCUUAUUGGUUGAUGGUGGUGUUACAGCUGUCGUGCAGGGUCUUCGUGUUGCCGAAUGGAUGAGAGGUUGUGGUGUGGCUGGGAUACUUCAAAGGUUUUGCUUUAAAACCUUACAUUUGUACCAUCCCACUGUCACCAGAGUUCGUCUGACUAUGGUACAAAACCCACCUGCCACCAUGUUGAAUACAUACCACAUUAUACACUCCAAGGCUGAUAUUUCUGUAUUCAUUUCUGCUGAGCAGUUGGAGGAGACAAUCAAGAUUUUGGAAUCUCGAGUAUCCUCUACAUGUGAUAAUUGCAUUCCUCCUGUCUUCCUUGAAUAUUCUGAGGUGCACAAUUUGUUUCCUGGACGUCUUAAAGAAGAGGAUCUUCUUCCUGGAGGCUUCCUCGUGCAAGCCUGGCUUCCAAUGUCCACCAAUAAAGCCAAUCUUGAGUUAAUGCAGCGCUGGGAGGUUCAGUGGCUCUGCUCAUACCCAUGUGAUGCAUUAGGUGAAGCCACUAGCUCAUUCCAAUUGCAAGGUAGCUUUGAUGUCAAUAAUGGUAUCAAAAAAACAAAACCAUCUGCAAGCAAUGAUGACCUCAUUGCUUUUACUACUCCUGCAUCAUACAAAACGUUUUUAGGCUUCCUCAGCCUUGGAUCCCCUAUGUUUCCAGUGCCCUUAGGGGAAGGGAAUCACCGUCUGAAUAUAGAUGUAUUUGGAACUGACCUGUAUUUCGCCAAAAUUCAUGUACUAUACCAGUUAAAGGAGGCUGUGAAGAAAUUGCCUACUGGGGGCAGUAUUAUCUGCAUUGUAAACAUAGAGAAGAGUCUACGUGCUGGGCUCAAUGAUUUUUUUGAAGGAAUCACUCCAUUCAAACACUGCAAGCUGCAACUGGUCCUAGAAAUGGACCUCACAGCUAUUAUGAGCACAUGAAUCUAUCCUUGUUCAAGUAAUAGAUUAUGCAGGAUGUGACUUCUAGGACAAUAUCAUGCUUAUACCUUUAUAACUUAUCUUUUUUCUUUUUUUUUUAUUAUAAAUAUCAGAUGGGUAUCAUCUCACAUUUUUUUUUCUUGGACUAUGCAGAGCACCAGGGUGAUUUAUUUCUAAACAAGCACAA